CUUAAUCGUUCCCAGGGAAACAGGGGGGAGACUUGACUUAACCGCUUCUGGAAUGUUUUCUUUAAAGUUACUCCCCUCGCAGAUGUGUACGAUUUAACGCCCGGUAAAUUCGUGGCUUGCUAAUUAAAGCAUUAAUCUGACUCAGAAGGUGCAACAAGUUAACAGACUUCACUGCUAAGCUGCAUGAAACGCUUUUUUGUGAUUAAACCAGUGCAGGCAGGCUUUUCUUGUAGUUAGCGAGCUAGCCUGCUAAUCAGAAUGACCCAGCAAGGAGCUGCACUGCAAACCUACAACAAUGAGCUUGUCAAGUGCAUAGAGGAACUGUGUUCUAAAAGAGAAGAGCUGAACCGGCUGAUCCAGCAGGAGGAAGCAGAGAAAACUCGUCUGCAGCAUGAUAUCCGUGUGCUAACAGAGAAGCUGAGUCGUGUGAACGAGAGCCUGGCACGCCGCCUUGCUGCCCGCGCUGACUUUGACCGCACCAUCGCAGAGACCGAGGCUGCGUACAUGAAGAUUCUUGAAAGCUCUCAGACACUUUUGAGUGUUUUGAAGAAGGAAACGGGGAAUCUGACCAAAGCCACUGAACCAAGAAGCAGCAAAGAUCAUUGAAUAAUGCAGAAUGUUCCAUCUAUCUAUCUUCUCCCAUCUAUCAUCUAUCUAUGACUAUAUUCCAUUAAUCUCCUCUCUCACUUCUUCUCUUUCAUCUUUACCAGCAUCCCCUCUUGUAAUCAUCACACAACUCAUUCCUAUUUGGAAGUUCUGUAUGUAAUGUAAAGGUUUGUAAUGUUUUGAUAUGGAUU